AUCAAACCAACCCCCUCCAAGGCUGGGGUGGGCAGGGAUAACCCAGCCACGGGACCCUACAGGAAACCAGCCCAACCCCUCCCUCUCGUCCCGCCACGCGGGGUCGGGCUGUAGCCACGCCUCCUGCCCUACGACGUCCCCCACGCUCCAGAGUGCGAGGGGAUAACGAACCGUCCCGUCGCCCGGCGGGAGCUGCCGGCAUCAUGAUCACUUCCGGUUUCUCUUCCCCCAACCCCCCAGCAGCAGCUCAGGAGGUCAGACCUGCCACUGAUGGUAAUAGCAGCAGCAGCAGCUCCUCCUGCAAGAAGAGAAAGUUAAACAACAGCAGCAACAACUCUGAAAGAGAAGAGUUUGAUUCCAUUUCCUCCUGUUCCUCUUCUCCUUCCAAAAACAACUCAUCAUCAUCUUCCUCCAUCAUCACCACGUCCUCGGGAGGGCCCUCAUCCAACCAUCACCUGCAGAAGAAGCUGCGCUUUGAGGACUCCUUGGAUUUUAUUGGACUCGAUGUGAAGAUGGCUGAAGAGUCUUCCUCAUCCUCUUCUCCUGCUGCCUCUUCUCAGCAGCAGCACCAGCAACAGCUCAAAAAUAAAAGCCUUUUAAUUUCGUCAGUAGCCGUGGGGCACCAUGCAAAUGGCUUGACCAAAGCUGCCUCCUCCACAGUCUCCAGUUUCGCCAACAGUAAACCUGGCUCUGCCAAGAAGUUAGUGAUCAAGAACUUUAAAGAUAAACCUAAAUUGCCUGAAAACUACACAGAUGAAACCUGGCAAAAACUGAAAGAAGCUGUGGAAGCUAUCCAAAACAGUACUUCAAUUAAGUACAAUUUAGAAGAGCUCUAUCAGGCUGUUGAAAAUCUCUGCUCCUACAAGAUUUCUGCAAACUUGUAUAAACAAUUAAGACAGAUUUGUGAAGACCACAUCAAAGCACAAAUUCACCAGUUCAGAGAGGAUUCGCUGGACAGUGUUCUUUUUCUAAAGAAAAUAGACAAAUGUUGGCAAGAUCACUGCAGACAAAUGAUCAUGAUUAGGAGUAUCUUUUUGUUCCUGGAUCGAACUUAUGUUCUUCAAAAUUCAAUGCUGCCAUCUAUUUGGGAUAUGGGUUUAGAGUUAUUUAGGACUCAUAUAAUUAGCGAUCAGAAAGUUCAGAACAAGACCAUUGAUGGCAUUCUUCUCCUGAUUGAGAGGGAAAGAAAUGGUGAGGCUAUUGAUAGGAGUUUGCUCCGAAGCCUUCUAAGUAUGCUUUCUGAUUUGCAGAUUUAUCAAGAUUCUUUUGAACAUAGAUUCUUGGAAGAGACUAAUCGUCUGUAUGCAGCAGAGGGGCAGAGGCUUAUGCAAGAACGAGAGGUUCCAGAGUAUCUUCAUCAUGUCAACAAGCGAUUAGAAGAAGAAGCAGACAGAAUUAUCACAUACUUGGAUCAAAGUACACAGAAGCCACUAAUUGCUACUGUAGAAAAGCAACUGCUAGGUGAACAUUUAACAGCCAUUCUUCAGAAAGGUUUAAACCACCUUCUUGAUGAAAACAGAAUUCAAGACUUGUCUCUUCUAUAUCAGUUGUUCAGUCGGGUCCGGGGUGGAGUGCAAGUUCUCUUACAGCAUUGGAUUGAAUACAUAAAGGCAUUUGGUAGCACUAUAGUAAUUAACCCAGAAAAAGACAAAACUAUGGUCCAAGAGCUGCUAGAUUUUAAGGAUAAAGUUGACCAUAUUAUUGAUGUCUGCUUUCUGAAGAAUGAGAAAUUUGUCAAUGCUAUGAAAGAAGCAUUUGAAACCUUCAUUAACAAGAGACCAAAUAAACCAGCUGAACUGAUAGCUAAGUAUGUGGAUUCAAAGCUUCGUGCAGGCAACAAAGAAGCUACUGAUGAAGAACUUGAAAAAAUGCUGGAUAAAAUUAUGAUUAUAUUUAGGUUCAUUUAUGGAAAAGAUGUCUUUGAGGCCUUUUAUAAGAAAGAUCUAGCAAAGCGGCUAUUAGUUGGGAAAAGUGCAUCAGUAGAUGCAGAAAAAUCUAUGCUUUCCAAACUCAAACAUGAAUGUGGAGCUGCUUUCACCAGCAAGCUUGAAGGAAUGUUUAAAGACAUGGAACUUUCGAAAGAUAUCAUGAUACAGUUUAAACAGUAUAUGCAAAAUCAGAAUGUACCUGGUAACAUUGAACUAACAGUGAACAUCCUGACUAUGGGUUAUUGGCCAACCUAUGUGCCUAUGGAAGUCCACUUACCACCAGAGAUGGUAAAACUGCAAGAGAUCUUCAAGACCUUCUACCUGGGAAAACACAGUGGUAGGAAACUUCAGUGGCAAUCAACACUAGGUCACUGUGUACUAAAAGCAGAAUUUAAAGAGGGCAAAAAAGAGCUUCAAGUCUCUUUGUUCCAGACACUGGUGCUGCUUAUGUUUAAUGAAGGCGAGGAGUUCAGUUUAGAGGAGAUAAAGCAAGCAACUGGGAUAGAGGAUGGAGAGUUAAGGAGAACACUCCAGUCAUUAGCCUGUGGCAAAGCUAGAGUACUGACUAAAAGUCCCAAAGGCAAAGAUGUGGAAGAUGGUGAUAAAUUUACAUGCAAUGAUGAUUUCAGACACAAGCUCUUCAGGAUAAAGAUAAACCAAAUCCAGAUGAAAGAAACGGUAGAGGAACAAGCAAGCACUACAGAGAGAGUAUUUCAGGACCGGCAGUACCAAAUUGAUGCUGCAAUUGUGCGAAUCAUGAAGAUGCGCAAGACUCUGAGCCACAAUUUGCUUGUGUCAGAGGUGUACAACCAGCUUAAAUUCCCAGUAAAGCCUGCUGACCUUAAGAAGAGAAUAGAAUCCUUAAUUGACAGGGACUACAUGGAAAGAGACAAAGAGAACCCAAACCAGUACAACUAUAUUGCAUAAACAUAUGUUGGCCUUUGUUUUUCUGCACAUUUGGUGUCAUACUAAAUUGCCGGUGGAUAAACUAGCCUGUUGAUCCCAUUAUUUGACUUUUUAUACUACCGAUGAAUGAAUGAAAGCGGUGUAAUAGACAAGUAUAGUAGAGUGGACUUUUUUCAGUGGUUAACAUGCCCAUUUAAAGAGUACUAGUUACAUUUUAAGAAGAAUGCUGUUGAACUCUUUGCAUGUUAUUUAGUACGAUGUGCAGACAACUGUAAGAAAGUACCUGGUCUUCGUGAUUCCAUUUGUCUCCGAGUCUGAAGAGGAGUCCCUUGGUAUAUGACAAAUGUUCUUUUACAUCUUUAAACUAUAAAGCAGAAGGUUAAUUAACAUACAGAAAAUAGCCUUUAAAAUGCUUAAACUGCAUGCAAACUUUUAAUUUACUGUACAGGAUAUUGGAUAUAUUUAUCAAGUAGCAAAACGACCAAUGAUUUAAUUCACUCAUAUUUGGAUUUCACCCGGGGGAGGGAAAUAAUUACCAAGUCAAGUUAUACUUAUUGAUGUAGAAAACAUUCUCUGUUGCAAUUAGGAGGAAAUAUAAUGGAAACGGUAUCAAUAUAAAAUAUUGUAAGGUUAUAAAAUAAGUACCAUUCCUUAAAUAACUGUGCCACUUACUUUAAUUAACAAGCUUAGACUUAUAUUUAUAUGGCUUACCCCAAAAUGUAAAGUGUUUACCCCAUUCUUAAUAUAAAACAGCAGCAACAGAAACAGUGACAAUUUUUACUAGUCUUCAGCCCGAGAGUCCAACUCUUUUUGUAAUAACACUCAGCAAAAGAUAAUGUAUUAUAAAAUGAGGCAAAAAGCAACACAGUUCUUGCACACACACAAAAAAAAUACCAAAAACUACAUGAACAAAAAUUACAAAUGGAUUUUAAUACUAUUUUUCUUUGAAACAAUCUAAAUGGCUUGAACUUCACCCUAGAUUUAGACAGGGUGAGAAUCUUAUAGACAUGUCCUGCGUUGGAUUGCUUUUAUGAGUUAUGUCAAGCCAACCUAAAGCUUUAAGAACUCAGUCUUAGACAGUAGCAAGCUUUGCCUCCUAGAACCCUAAGCCUACCUCUCAUGCAGAAAGAUACUUAAAUAUUGUUUCAAGGCAUCUAGAUCCUGUUUUCCUAGUUGACAAGAGCAUUAUUUGGAUCUUCGUGAAACCUGGGAGGAAAAAAUAGCUUGAAUACAGAGCUUCCCCAGACAGUGAGGUUAUUGCUUGAAGUUUUUGCAACCAGAAACUUUUUUUGCUCUAGCAGAAUAUGCCAGGAUUAUAAAGUGGCAGCAGAAGAGUUAAUUUUUCCUAGACAUGUGACAGCUCUGCUACCCCUCCUCACUUUGUCAAUCAUUUGACUCAGUUUCAGCCAUGCGGCAUAGCAAGAUGAAGAAUCUGAUUCACUUUCAGGCAUCUACAGCCCUGAGAAAUGCCAGACAACCCUAGGAGGCAAGAAAAUGUGACUUUAAAGUCACAGUAAUAGUGGUCUUUCCUUAACUCACCUGAUGACUAGCACGUGUAUAUUCCUGAUGAUCUUAUUAUUUCAUCACCGUGUGGCCCUGUGGAGUACAUAAACCGUGUGUGUGUACACGCAUUGUAUCCAGAAUUUCCCCUUCCUGAAUGUUGCUUUUCUUAGUCAACUGCAUGGUGUGAAUUGCCUCUUUUUUUCCUCAAGCUCCUUUUCAUAAAGUGCUCACUUCACAAAACAAAGAAGCUGGGUUCUUCUGCAGUAAAGAGCACUCCUCAUUUCAUAUUGUUCCCUCAGUGCUGACUUCCUAUAACAUUUGCACAGCUCUUUUCCAUGUGAGUUGCAGUAAGAAACCUGUCAAUUUUUUGCAUAGUAGUUAUCAGUCUAAUCCAAUGGGAGACAUUCAGGGUCACUACCUUGGAGAGGCAUAAUAUAUCCAGUGGGGGCAUUUCUUGUGGAGGCUGCUCCUGUAGGGAAUCAGGCAAGCCUAUAACUAUUAACUCAUAAGCAGAGAGCCACCAGGGAGAGGACAACAGUGAAAUUGAGAUCAUGGCUUUUCUAUCUUCAUUAUGUUUAAACUUCUUUCUGUAUCAGUUGCAUUAUGUCUCUCUUCUCCAUGUAUAUGGUGGUUCUGUUUUCUCAAAUAAAAGAUUUAUUUGAAAGAAGAUACUGUUUAUGGAGGGAAGGCUUCAAAAUAUUCACUUUUAAGGGAAGGACGGAAACCAAAAUAUUUGACUGCCCAUAUUCCAAUUUGUUGCAACAGUUUACAUACAACCAAUGCCACAUACUUAAAAAGGAGACUUUAUUAGACUCUCUAUUAGAUAGGCAUUGAAUUUCAACUAUAACCAACCAAAGGUUUUGGUUUUGUGUAUUUUUUAUUUAUCCCAUUUAUUUCAACCAGUAAAUGCAGAGACUAUUGUGUAGAAAACUCAUGUCCUGAAUUGUCGUCAUACUUCAAGUUUUGACACUGAAACUGAGUUAACCUUUUCACUGGCAGUCCAGCUAUUAAACUAACCCAAUGAAUGGCCUAUGAGAACACUGGCUUGACCAGGAACUGAAGAAAAGCAGGGAAAAGCAUGCCCUCAUAUCCCUUUAUUUACCCCCACUGGCCUAUCCACGACAAAUUGUUCAUUUCUUCUGCUAGUGGUUUUCACUCCUGGCUAGUGACAAAGCUGCAGCCAAGAUUAGCAUCCAGCCAUACUUCUUGCUGGGAUCACGUGCCUGCCUACUGAGCCAUAUAUUAAUUUUUGUUUUAGUGGGCUUGGACCACAGCUCAUUUGGCUAUAAAACAGCUUGUCUGUUCGGCCACAUAUUUUUAAUCCUGACUCUUGCAUGCAGUUUAUAGCAGACUUGUUCGUAAGAAAUUGCAGUUUAUUCUUAGAAGUAUAUAUUUUAGGUUUUUUUAUCUUUAUACCCAUAAAUGGACUUUUUUUUUGUCUUGGCUGGUUUAAAAGAAGUGACCAUUUUGUUUAAAUGCUGUAAUUGCGAAAGUGUUGUAAACAUUGAUUUGUUCUAUAGUUCACACAAGGGUGCCAAAGUACAUAGUUAAUAAGAGACCUAACAAAUUUGUUAAGUUGCUUUAGCCAUGAUUUCUAUUUUGAACUUUCUAAUUCUCAUCUUUCAGUCACAGUAUUUUUCGUUUCCCUAAACAUAUCAUUUGCCCUAAUGCUUACUUUUAAACAAUGUUUUAUUUGUGCAUCUAAAAAAAUGUUCAAAUACCAGUUUUUUAGUGAUUUCAUAUAAUAGGAAGAGUAUUUUCUUUGAAAAGUUACAGUAAAGUUGUAAGAGUACAGCAGCAUUCAAAAAAUGUAAUAUACUUUUUGUAUAACAAUUCUUCAGAAGUAUCUCUGGAGUGAAAAAAACUAACCCUGUUACUUUUAAGAAGCCUCUUCACUCGGCUACUAGAAUAUAAAAUUGUGCUUGUUUAACUGCAUCAAAAUGUUAUAGUUAUGCAGAUUUGCAAAUGGGGCAUGUGUCACCAUUGCGUCCUUUAAUGCAAAAAGCAAAACCUUUUUAAUGUUUCAUAACAAGUCUAAAAUGGGUACAGAGAGUCUUUGUUAAGUUGGUAAAUAAUGUAAAUACAUGUCCUUUCAAAGAGUAAGUCUGUUAUCUAGGUAUUUUGUGUCAUUUAAUAAAUAUUAAACAGUUUUGUGUUGAUAAACUCUUA